AUGAGCUCAAACGAUAAACAUUUAGCUACUUUCUCUUGGGGAGCGGGAGCCCAGAGUGUGCACAUAGCUGGAAACUUCAAUAACUGGUCAGCCAGCGCCACGCCAUUAGAGAAACAGGCCGAUGGAAGUUUCACCGCUCAGGUUCCUCUACCUUGGGGUGAGAAACAGGCUUUCAAAUAUGUGGUCGAUGGGGAAUGGAAAGUCAGAGAGGAUGAGGCUAAAGAAUGGGACGCCGCUGGAAACAUGAACAACGUCUACACCGCCCCUCCCGCUCCUAUAUCCACCUCUGAACCAUCCUCAUCAGCUGUAGCAGCAGCCGCACCCACACCUGUCCCAGCCUCUUCUGAGAAAACAGCCAAACCUACCGAACACGAUAAACCUUCUUCUCCCACCACCACAAACGGUGAACUCAGUACGGGUCCUGUCCCUGCUGCUGUACCUGCCCCUUCUACUAAGAAGAGUCUCGACGAUACACCUGCUCCAACCAGUUCAAGCCAGAAGACUGAACCUUCAACUUUGAUAGCUUCCUCUGCUCCUGGAUCAGCGUCAGGUUCUGCACCUGUACUUGGAGGUCCAGUCUUCCCUUCUUCACCCAAGUCCAAGUCUACCAGCACGACCACAACCACCGCUCCCGCUGGUCAACCUGCUGAAUCAGCUGCCAACCCCGUUGUACCCGCUCCAAACCCCGAGGCUGAAGCUGUCCCUCAAACCAAAGCCAAUGCUAAACCUUUAGCGGAAGAACCUAUCCCAGUUCAAAUUGAGAAAGUAGCCAAACAGGCCAAUAUCGGUGAAGCUCCUCAACCUACCACCGAGGAAGAACAGGGUAUAGCUGAGAAGGCUUCGGACUUCGCUGCUGGUGCUUUAGCUGCUAUUGGUGCGGUAGUCGGAAAUGCUGCUGUGGCUGUUGAGAAUAUCACAGGGUUGGAUAUCGCUCAUACUGGACCUCUCUCAGUCGAGGAAGCCAAAGCUAAAGGAAUCGACAUCAACACUCUCGAGAAGACCGACGCUCCCACCGAUGCUGUCGCGCCCGUCGGCACCGCCCCUUCGGCCUCUGCUGUUGACGCCUUACAAGAGAAAGUAGAUGCGUUGAAACUUGGUACUUCAAAGGAUACUACUGGUAUUUCAGAUGUCCCAUUACCUAAGACCGCUGAGCCUACCACUUCAGUCGCACCAUCUGAGACCCUUAAUCAACUAAACCACGGUGAACCUCCCAAAAAGACCGAGCAUGAUAUUCCCGCUCAACAUGAGACUAUCGAGAAUCACCAGCAAGUACCUCAACCAGUCAUAACUACCGUAUCGGAUCUUGAUCCUUCCAAAGACCGAACGAGAGCUUCAACUUCAUUGGAAGACACUGCCGGUACCAAGCCUAUCUCUUCUAAUCCUGGUGUAUCAGCUAAAGCUGAGAAGGAAAUUGCCGAACGCGAUCCAGCUAGGACCGCCGCAGGAUCCGAUCAUCCACUUUCAGAACCAAAAGUCGCACCUGAUGCUCCUACCAAUAACGUUACUCCUCAAAAGGAUCAACCAAAGAAUAUAGAUAAGAUCACACCUACCCCUGAACCCGCCGCUGCGCCUGCUGCUCCUUCUACUCCGGCUAAAGCUGCUCCUGCGACCCCUGCUAAAGAUGUGUCUACCCCUGCUCCUGCGUCGGCCACUUCCACACCUGCUUCGACACCUGCUAAAUCCACUCAUACAAGGGAGAAGACUACUGAUUCGGAUGUCAAGAAGAAGAAAUCGAGUUUGUUCAACAAGAUCAAACACGCUUUCUCACCUAAAGACAAAUCGAAAUAA